AUGGCCACGACUAUCGUCAGAGCAGAAGACAUGCAGGAGGACCGGGUCAGCCAGCUAGCCCAAUCUGAAAAAGACUUUUACGCUUCAGACAUCGACAAAGAUGUUGUGACGGAUAUCGAGGUAGCUGCGGCAGAUAUCGAUCGAGUGGCUGAAAAGAGACUAUUGACGAAGCAAGACUUGAGAUUACUACCCGUCUUGGCCAUCGUAUAUCUGUUCAAUGCUCUCGAUAAAGGCAAUCUGGCUAACGCUAGGACCGACCUUGGCCUGGUGGGGAAUCAAUACUAUCUCAUGAUCACGAUCUUCUAUAUCCCGCUCUGCCUCUGUGGUACUCCUCUUUCCAUUGCCGCCAAACGUUUCUCAGCCGCCCGAGUAAUCCCUCUCAUGAUGAUCGGCUUCGGUACUUGUUCUCUACUCAGUGCGGCCGUGACCAACUUUGGUGGUCUAUUCGCCCUACGUUUCCUGCUUGGUAUAUUUGAAUCUCCUAUGCUUCCUUCGGUCGUCUUUUAUCUCAGUCAAUUUUAUACGAGAGGAGAGCUCGCUCGACGUGUUGGGGUCUUUUAUGCUGCCUCAUCCAUCUCCGGCGCCUUCUCGGGUUUGCUGGCGUUUGGUAUCUUCCAGAUCAAAAGCGAGAAACUCCAUGGGUGGCAGUAUCUAUUUCUUAUCGAGGGUGCUGGGACCGUCACCUUUGCCAUCUUUGCAUUUUUCUGGCUGCCAAGGAGCCCCGCUACAUGCUGGUUCUUCACACCAGAAGAAAAGGAGAUGAGUCAGGUUCGCAUGCUUCGUGAUGGAACCGACAAGGUCGGAGAAGAGGACGCUUUCAUGCCUUUUGUCCAAGACUGGCGGUACAUCGUCUGGGCUAUUCUGGCGCUUGGUCUCGGUGUCCCGCUCGCCUCUGUCGGCAACUUUCUCCCUCAGAUCGUUGCCCGUCUGGGCUACAGCACUGUCAAGACCAAUCUCUACACAGUAGCUCCAAACGUCGUUGGGACAUGCUUUUUAGUAUUGUUCACCCAAUCCAGCGACUACUUCCGAGAACGCUCGCUGCACGUCGUGAUUCCUUUGCUCAUCACAAUGAUCGGCUUCAUCGUCCUCGGUACGAUCGAUGUCGUGGCCAACAAGGGUGUGGCGUAUUUCGCCACAUUCUUGCUAUGCAUCGGCAGCAACACUCCUUCCGUCCUACUCAGCACUUGGUACUCCAACAAUUCCAUCUCGGAGAAUAAGCGAGUCGUUCUGACGGGCGUGAUGGUCGGCAUUGCCAAUGCCAGUGGUCUCAUCUCAGCCAACAUAUUCCGGGCUGAGGAUGAACCCAAAUAUAUUCCGGCUUUGGCUUGUUCGGCAGCUUUCGGCGGCUUAACAGCUCUUGUCGCCUUCUCGUUUGGGUUCUAUAUGCGUAUUGAGAACAGGAAGCGUAACAAUACACAAGGACUACCCAGGUCUUAUGGGAGUAAAGACGUCCCGACAGAGCAUCUGGGAAGGGGUCCCAAGGACGUUUCGUUCAGGUACAUGUACUGA